UCAACAGGCCUGGAAAAGUAUUCUGAAAGGCAAAUCAUUUACUGUGUGUCUUCGCCCAGUGUCGGACAUGGCUGCUUAGAGGACAGCAAGCCUGAACGGAGCCCCCGGGGACAGGUUGCUUCCUGAAGGACCCGUGUGUGUCACUCAAAACACAAUCCGAAAAGGCGGAUGGCCCACGUCUUCGUGUACGGGACCCUGAAGCGAGGCCAGCCCAACCACAAAGUCAUGCUGGACGGGGCGCACGGCUCGGCGGUGUUCCGGGGCCGCGGCCGCACAGCCGAGCCCUACCCCUUGGUGAUCGCGGGCGAGUACAACAUCCCCAGGCUGCUCCAGCUGCCGGGCCGGGGCCGCUGCGUGGCGGGUGAGAUCUACGAGGUGGACGAGAAGAUGCUGCGCUUCCUGGACGACUUCGAGGGCUGCCCGGACCUGUACCAGCGCACGGCGGUGCGUGUGCGCGUGCUCGAGUGGGAGGGCGGCGCGCGCCCCGGCGACAGCCUGCGGUGCUUCGUGUACAGCACGGCCACCUACGCGCCCGAGUGGGUCCACCUGCCCUACCACGACAGCUACGAUUCCGAGGGCGCCCACGGGCUGCGCUACCAUCCCCGGGAGGCCCGGUGAGCAGGGCCAGCCGAG